AUGCCGAAACCUCGUCGCGAGUCCACGGCGAGGGCCGACACACGCCCAGCGUUCAAUCGACCACCCAAUGCCCGCACCGCCGCGCCUCGGCGUCGAGACGAUGACUCCGACCCAGAACCACGCACACCGAAAAGAACGCCGAAGGAAAAAGCCAAGUCCUCUCCUGUCCCGUCACCUUCACCUGAGAAGAAAACCCGGCAUGCGACCGACAGACACAGAAGCGCUGUUGCAGGCGGCACGAAGAAAGAGCGGGACCAUGCAAAAUACAGUUCUGGCAACUCGACAAAUAGCACGAGUCAGCUUUUGAGCAGUGCUGCAUUGGCCAAAUUGAAUACCUACAACGAGCGAGCGGAUUUCCAGGAGAAAUACGACGAGCGCAAACGCAGGAAGAAAGAGUACAAAACCCUCAAGGGGGCGGAGGUCCAGCAUCAGAGGCAACGAAAGAAGAAGAACCGCAAUGUCAGCGGUGCUAUGCUCGAGGAAGGGAGGGCCGGACACAGACGGGCGCAUAGAAGAGGCGGUGCUGGCUCGUACGAGAAGGAGGGUUACGAAGUGCACAAACAGACCGGCAGUAGGUCAAGAAAGAAGUUUUGGUGGCUAUUGAUCUUGUUGGUGGUGUUGCUUGCAAUAUUCAUCCCUGUCGCUGUGGUGGUGAGCAAUAACAACAAGAAGUCGAGCAAUUCUUCCUCGUCGACUUCCGGUUCCGCGACGACAUCAGGCACGUCUUCUGGUCCGAGUAACGCCUGCGACUCGUCCACGGUACCGGCGAGUGCGAAGGGGACCUACACUGAUAUUUCGACGUGGCUGGACACAACCGACUUCAAUUGCACGUAUACUAGCGAGACGGUUGGCGGGCUUUCAGUCAUGGGCCUGCAUUCGGACUGGGAUGACUCCACAAAGGCUAAUGGCAAUGUGCCGGCCCUAGAAGACAAAUGGGAUUACGGAAAGGCGCCAAUUCGAGGUGUCAAUCUGGGAGGUUGGCUGGAUCUGGAGCCGUUCAUUACGCCAUCGUUGUUCAGUUACCCUGCUUCGGCAAACGUGGUUGAUGAGUGGACAUUGUGUGAGAAGCUGGGUCUGUCGGCCGCCCAGCGGACGCUCGAGUCACAUUAUGCGACCUUCAUCACGAAGCAGACCUUCAUCGACAUCAAAAAUGCCGGUCUAGACCACGUAAGGAUACCGUAUCCAUACUGGGCUGUCACGACUUAUUCUGGAGACCCGUACGUGCCUCAGAUCGCGUGGCGGUACCUGCUCCGAGGGAUCGAGUAUGCUCGACAGAAUGGCUUGAGGGUAAACCUCGACCUGCAUUCUCUGCCGGGGAGUCAAAAUGGUUGGGCGCACAGCGGUCAUCAAGGCGAUAUCAACUGGAUUCUUGGAACAGAUGGUGCAACGAACGCACAGAGAUCACUGGAUAUUCAUAACCAGCUUUCGCAAUUCUUCGCACAAGAUAGGUACAAGAAUGUGGUCACGAUCUAUGGGCUGGUCAAUGAGCCAAAAAUGUUGGUCAUCCCACCAGACUCUGUGCUCGACUGGAAUAAGAAGGCUAUCAAGAUCGUCCGAGACAAUGGAAUGGAUCAGCACAUCGUGUUCGGAGAUGGCUUCCUCAGCCUCGACGACUGGGACGACAUGUUCCACGGAGUGGAUGACAAACUCGUCAUGGAUACCCAUCAGUACCAGAUCUUCAAUACAGGCCAACUCAAACUGAAGCAUCAAGAUAAGAUCAAUCUCGCUUGCUCGGGCUGGACCGGACUGAUGGUGGCGGCCAACAACCCAAGCACCGGCUGGGGACCGACGUUGGAUGGAGAAUGGUCACAGGCAGAUACUGACUGCGCACAAUAUCUGAACAACGUCGGCGUCGGCUCGAGAUGGGCUGGUACCCUCAACACUGGGGAUUCGCAGACUUCAAUUCUGACACCGUCUUGUGCUGAGCCGCCGUGUUCUUGUGCUCAAGCAAAUGCUGACCCGAGCACGUAUAGUGAUUCGUACAAACAAUUCCUGCAGAUGUACGCUGAGGCCCAAAUGCACAGUUUCGAGCAGGCUUGGGGCUGGUUCUACUGGACGUGGAAGACGGAAAGUGCUGUACAAUGGAGUUGGGAGUUGGGUCUUAAGGCUGGCAUAUUGCCGGAGAAAGCAUAUUCACCUUCCUUCAAAUGUGAUUCAGAUGUGCCUGACUUUAGCGACUUGUCUAACAGUUAUUGAAGGAGAUGUGAGACUUCACUGCAUUGUGUGGGAGUUUGGGAUACAGGGAAUGUAAGGCAUUGCAGGAGUUCCGAGAUGAAGAUGAUGGAGAACUCGAAACACGAAUGAACAUACAAUGAUCC